AUGGCUCCUGUUCAAAAUGAUAAUGGAACUACUUACGGUAAAAAGAAGUUAAUUUUAAAUGCUUUUGAUAUGGGAUGUAGUGGAUUACAAGCACCAGGAUUAUGGAAACAUCCAAAUGAUCAAUCAAGAAAUUAUAAUAAAUUAGAUUAUUGGGUUAAUUUAGCUAAAUUAUUAGAAAAAGGUAAAUUUAAUGCGUUGUUUUUAGCAGAUGUUUUAGGUCCAUAUGAUGUUUACAAUGGUCCACGAAAUUAUGCACCAGCUGCUAAAUCAGGUGCUCAAUUUCCAGUUAAUGAACCAAGUGCUGCUAUAAGUGCAAUGGCUGCUGUUACCAAGAAUUUAAGUUUUGGAGUUACAUUUUCAACAAUUAGUGAAGCACCAUAUCACUUAGCAAGAAGAUUAGCUACAUUAGAUCAUUUGACACAAGGUAGAAUUGGUUGGAAUGUUGUAAGUUCUUAUUUAGACAGUGCUUCAAGAAAUUUAUUAAAUGGAGAAAAUUUAUUACCACAUGAUGAAAGAUACGAUCAAGCUGAAGAAUUUAUUGAAGUUAUUUAUAAAUUAUUCUUAAGUUCAUGGUCAGAUGAUGCAGUUGAAUUAAAAAAUGGUGUUUUUUCAAAUCCUGAUAAAAUUAGAGAAAUUAAUCAUAAAGGUAAAUAUUAUACUGUUCCUGGUCCAAAUAUAACAGAACCAACUCCACAAAGAUUACCAGUUAUAUUACAAGCAGGUACUUCAAGUAAAGGUAAAGAUUUUGCUGCAAAAAAUGCAGAAAUUGUAUUUAUAACAACCUUCUCACCUAAAGAAUUAGGUAAACAAAUUAAAGAUAUUAAAAAAUUGGCUUUUGAAAAAUACAAUAGACCAAAAGGCAGUAUAAAAUUUUUACAAUUAAUUACACCAAUUAUUGGUGAUACACAUGAAGAAGCAAAAGCUAAAUAUUUGGAAUUUCAAAAAUAUGGUGAUUUAGAAGGUGCACAAGCUUUAUUUGGUGGAUGGACAGGUGUUGAUAUUGGUAAAUAUAAAUAUGAUGAAGAUAUCCAAGAAUCAGGUACAAAUGCAGUUCGUUCAUUCUUAAAAUUAUGGAAUAAAGGUAUCGAUGAAGAUGAAGAAAAUCAAAAAGAAGGAGAUGUUAAAUCUAAAUUUGAUGGUACAAAGAAAACUAGGGAAUACAUUGCUAAACAAAUUACAGUUGGAGGUUUAGGACCAGUAUUUUAUGGUACUGCAAAAGAAGUUGCUGAUGAAAUUGAAAGAUGGGUUUCUAUAUCAGAUGUAGAUGGUUUUAAUAUGACUUAUGCAAUUACACCUGGUACUUUUGAAGAUGCUGUUAAUUAUUUAGUACCAGAAUUACAAAAAAGAGGUUUAGUAUGGAAUGAUUAUCCAAAAUCAACAAAUGAAAAUACAAAUAAUAAAUUAACAUUUAGAGAACAAUUAUUUGGUGAUAUAAACAAAGAAGAACCACAAUAUUUACUAAAAUCACAUCCAGCUUAUAAUUUAAGAUGGAGAAAAGGUGAGACUAAAGAAGAAUUUGAGAAAAGAAUUAAUUUUAAAGGUACUGAUGAUAAGAAAGAAAAUAAAGAGAAUAAGAAGAGGAAAUUGAAAUAG